CCUGAAGGUUACACAAUGUGGCGUGAAGUCUGCUACAAGGCCUUCAACAAAAUGAAGACCUACAGCGAAGCGGCGGCAGCCUGUCGUGCAGACAGCGGCACCCUCGCCAUGCCCCGAGACGCUGAGACCGACGCCUUCCUCAUCUCCCUGUACAAGUCCGUGAGCGAUCACUGGAACUUCUGGAUCGGCCUGCACGAUCAGCGCGAAGAGGGAAGGUUUGAGUGGGUGGACGGGUCUCCACUUGGGUCGUACAGCUCCUGGGGUCCGGAAGAACCGAACAACUUUUUCGGAAUGCAAGAUUGCGUCUGUUACUCCUCAAUGCCACACGAAAAAGACAAGUGGGACGACCAACAAUGCUUCAUGCUGUAUUACUUCAUAUGCCAGGCUGCACCAGCAUCGUGUCCAAAAGGUUACACAAUGUGGCGAGGAAUCUGCUACAAGGCCUUUAACAAAAUGAAGGCCUUCAACGAAGCGGCGGCAGCCUGUCGUGCAGACGGCGGCACCCUCGCCAUGCCCCGAGACGCUGAGACCGACGCCUUCCUCAUCUCCCUGUACAAGUUCGUGAGCGAACACUCGAACUUCUGGAUCGGCCUGCACGAUCGGCGCAAAUGGACAAGGUUUGAGUGGGUGGACGGUUCUGCACUUGGGCCGUACAGCUCCUGGGCUCCGGGACAACCGCGCCCCGGUUGGGGCGCCGCCAGGGAAGCUUGCGUCUCUUACUCCUCAAGGCCAUCCCAGAAAGACAAGUGGGGCAACGAAAACUGCCACAUGCGGUAUCACUUUAUAUGCCAGGCUGCACCAGGUACUUACUGUAUCCGCUCUAUUUCAUGA